AUCGAGCAGACGUUCGAGUAGAAUUAUUCAAAACACCAUUCGACAGUAAAUUUUGCAUCGAGAAGUGGGAAAUUAAAAUAAAACAACAAAAUGACAAACAUAAACAAAAUCAACAAAAAACAAAAAAGUAUUAUGGCGGAAUAUAUGCAGGAGCACCCGGAUUUGGCCAGAAAUAUUCUGCCAAAUUGCGCUCAAGGAAGAACCGUUGCUCAAAGAUUGUGGGAGCAACUUUCCUUAAAAUUAAAUUCUGUUGGUCCGCCUACAAAAGAACUUAAAAUGUGGCGUAAAGUAUUUGCAGACCAUAAGCAGCACUUUAAAAAGAAGCUGUCUUUUAAUAAAGCUUCUAAGCAAAAGACCGGAAGUGGGUCUUACCAAGAAAAGCUUUUGACGGCGUCCGAGGAGCUGCUGCUGCAAAAGCGAUAACGUAGCAGCUAAUUGCAAGAC